GUGAAUUUACUUAUCUGAACAAAAAGAACUGCAGAAGCUGCUUGAUUAUCUGCUGAUCACCGUGCUCUAAUUGACUGGAAGAGUCAUUGAAUCCACAACAUCACAGCUUCUUUGGAAAAUGGAGUACCCGAUUAUCUUACAGAUCGAGCGCAUUUACUAUCCCAUACUUUCAGCUGUCGGUGUAAUUGUUAAUGCCGUGGCAAUGAUAAUCCUGAGUCGAAGAAACUGUGGCCUCUCCAAAUGCAUCACUUGCUACUUGUUGGCAAUGUCAGCAGCAGAUCUAAUGCUAGUCAUUUUUGAUGUUUUACUGAACAGAAUUAACAACAUUCAUUUUACAGUUACAUUCCUGCACAUCACUCCUCUGUGUGCACUCAGAAUUGUACUGUUCCUUAUGGCCCUCGACAAUUCUGUUUGGUUCACAGUUGCUUUUACGUUUGAUCGGUUUAUAGCCAUUUGUUUUCAUAAUUUUAAAUCAAAAUACAGCCACAAGAGAAUGGCAACCACGGUUAUAGGAGCCAUAAGCAUUGUCAGUUGUUUACAUUCAGUUCCCUGGUACUUUGUAUUUGCUCCUUCUUUUGUGACUGAUAAUGUGCCAUGGUUUUGUAUCUUAACACCAGAAUACCAUACCGCACUGUUUUGGAGAGUUUACGAGUGGAUCCAUAGUAUUAUGACACCAUCACUUCCAAUUAUAUUAAUUCUGGUGUUCAACAUUCUCACUGUCAGGAAUGUGAUCAUGAGCAAUCGUGUGCGCCUGCGUCUCCGGGGUUAUGGAAAUGGAGAGAGUAAAAUUGAUCCAGAAAUCAUAAACCGUAGAAAAUCCAUAGUUUUACUCUUCACUUUAUCUGCUAAUUUUAUCGUGUUGUGGAUGCCAAAUGUGGUACAUUCUUUUGGCUGGCAAAAUGUAAAUUAUAACUAUGAAGACAAGACAAAUAGUGAUCCGAUAUUUGUUUUUCAAGAAUUUGGAUUCAUGCUGCGACUUCUGUGCUCUUGCACAAACACAUGCAUUUAUAUACUGACCCAGUCAAAAUUCAGGGAGGAGUUAAAGAAUGGACUGAAAUAUUCAUUUCAUAUAAUUGUUAAUUUAUGCAAAUAA